AUGGCCGUAAGACAGCUUAUUAUAUCAUAUCCGUCGAGCAUAUUAUAUCAUAUCCGUCGAGCAUAUCAUGUCAUAUCCGCCGAGGAGAUUCAUGAUCGUUUCCACGGUUGCCGUCUUAUCCGGCCCGAUUUCGUACGACCUUAUCACAAACGACUGCCGGAAAACAGAUUUGCCCUCUGCAAAUCUCCCCAAAAGGUACUCGUGGUUCAUCUGCGGAUUUACUUCGCUUCUCGACAGACUAUUUCGCUCCGGGAUCGAGAUUCCAUCGACUUGAACUCCGUUCACUCUCUUCCCAUGAGCUGUCUCGACGUUCGUCUUCGUCUCGGCCUUCAGCUCCAUUCGCCUCGCGCUCGCCGCCCUGCAACCGCCGUGAAAACCGACGCGCUGGCGCGGCUUGCCAGCCGCGACGCGAAAAUCGCCGCUUCUAUUGAUCUGCUGACUGAGGAGAUCUUGCUUGGAUAG